CUCACGGAGCUCCCGGACACGCUCGGCGCGCUCGCGAACCUGCGGACGCUGCGCCUGAGCUUCAACAAGCUCACGAAGCUCCCGUCCGAGGGCACGCAGAUGCUCGGCAACCUGCAGACGCUCCAGCUCUACGACAACGCCCUGAGCCGCCUGCCGGACAGCGUCUGCGCGCUCACGCAGCUCAAGCACCUGAGCGUCGGCGUCAACAAGCUCGGCACGCUGCCCGAGCAGUUCGGCCGCCUCGUGAACUUGAAGGAGCUCUACCUCGACUUCAACGCCAUCAGCCGCCUGCCCGAGUCCUUCGGCUACCUCGCGUCCCUCGAGCUCCUCUUCCUCAACAACAACAAGCUCACGCAGCUCCCGCGGUCCUUCAUCCGCCUCCAGAAGCUC